AUGAAUCGACUCUUCCCACAUGCCGAAGAUUUGAACCAAGAGGAGGUCGAUUAUGAGUUGAUGAUUCGGGAGCAACCAGAAGAUGCAUUCUUACAAGAUCUUCAAGCGAAACAGAGACAUUUGCGAAGUUUGUUCAGGGCAGAUCAGGCCGAAGGUCGAAAUUAUCGGUCGACGAUUAACAUUAUGCAUGAAGUUGCGCAUAUUGAGGGAAGAAUUUCAAUGUUAGAAACAGCUUUAUCAAGAAAGGUGGAACAAAAACUGGAAUCGAGAGUUCUUCAUUAUUGGUACAGGGUAAAAAGGUGUUUGGCUAACAACGACGAAGAAAAAAAGAUUCGUCGGGACCUGACUCGGCGAAUCGAGAAGGUCAUGCAGAAUUUUCAAUUUGGGCCACCGCUGUCUCCGUUUAAGAACAAGAUAAAUAGCAUUAUCCAAGAAGCUGAAGGGGCAGAAGGUACGCAAGAUCAGAGGUUUCCCAUUCCGGCUCCUACGCCAUUAGAUUUUAAUCAGGCGCCUUCCGUCAAUCCUCCACCAGACACAGGGAAAGGAGCCGUGCCUAAACGGCCAACAGAGCCACUUCUAGAAAAAGGUGCAGAUGCCACAGUGACGGUGACCAAGAAAGAAUGGGAGGAUAUGCAACGGGCGUUAUCGGACCUGAUGAAACGGGUUCAACUGAACAUUCAGCCUAACGUAGUCGAACGGCGAAGGGACCACGAACUCAAUACUUUCGAGACGACUUCAACGGAAAGACCACCACGGCCAACAUUGUCAAACUUGCCAGGACGAGACCAGAACACGGAUUCAAGCGAAGAUGAACGCGAUAGUCGAUUAUUAACGAGAUUUCCUGGAGGCCGGCAAAAUUACCAGGACAGCACAGAUGACUCCCACAGAAGCUUCGGAAGACACUCAACUUCCAGAUACUCCGAUGAACAACCUCGGUAUCAGGAACAAAGACGAUCCUAUUGUGGAAGGAAUGAAGCGCACGGACGGGUAGAGAAAUGGAAGUUACGAUUUACGGGAGAGCCAAGGUCCAUCACAGUCGAAAAUUUCCUUUACAAAGCCAAGAAACUAGCAGAACGAGAGGGAGUGCCCAAAAAAAUGCUGUUGAGGGAUAUUCACAUGCUCUUAGAUGGAGCAGCAUCAGAUUGGUUUUUCACGUACGUGGAUGAUUUCUACUCUUGGGACGUUUUCGAAACGAGCAUAACGUAUCGGUUUGGGAACCCUAACCAAGAUCAGGGAAUUCGUUCAAAGAUCCAGGAAAGAAAACAACAGCGCGGAGAACCUUUUAUCGCCUUCGUCACCGAAAUCGAAAAACUGAACCGCAUGCUGUCUCGACCACUAUCCAAACGAAGGAAAUUUGAAGUGAUCUGGGACAACAUGCGCCAGCAUUACAGAUCUAAGACUUCAAUUGUCGAAAUAAACGAUCUCCAACAACUGAUCAGGUUAAACUACCGAAUCGACGCAGCGGACCCGCAGCUACAUCAGCAAACGGAAAACCAAUUUCGCCGCCCCAUUAACCAAAUCGAGGCCGACGGAAGUGACUACGAAAGCGAUCGUUCCGUCCCGCUAAACCUACUUAGAAGUCGACCAGGUAGAGACUCCUCUUUUCCUACUACAAGACCGGGACAACAAGUAUCGUCAGGGGCUACAAUGCAACGAGUUGAACGACCUAUUCAGGGACAGGUCACGAUAAAAUGCUGGAAUUGUCAGGGGGAGGGACACGGCUGGCGACAGUGCACGAAACCCAAACUAGUGUUUUGCUAUGGUUGCGGGAGUCUGGGACGAACGAUUCGAAACUGCGAACGUUGCGUUUAUCAUAUUAAAUUACGCGCCAGCAAAUGUCCCCAUUUAAAAGUAAAAAUUUUUGACACUGAAAUCGAAGCUCUUCUAGAUUCCGGGGCGGGAAUAAGUGUUCUAAACUCCCUCGAACUGGUACAAAAAUACGGCUUGAAAAUUCAGCCAGCUCCAAUACGCGUUUCGACGGCCGAUGGGACAAAUUAUAAGUGUCUCGGCUGUUUGAACAUUCCCUUCACCUACAAAAAUGUUACAAAGGUAAUUCCAACAAUUGUUGUUCCAGAAAUCUCGAGGAAAUUGAUCCUUGGGGCAGACUUUUGGGAAUACUUUAAAAUUAAACCGAUGAUAGAUAUGGGCCAUGGCCCGGAGGAACUGGAAACCGUAAACCCGAAAGAGGAUUCGACAAUUUGCUUCACAAUCGAGCCAACGGAGGUUCCAUCGCAGGCGGAAGUGGAAACCGAAGACGACACGUUAGACAUUCCAGUCUAUGAAGGGCCAACCGAAUCAAUACCAGAUCCAGAAUUGAUAGAGACUGAACAUGCUCUCAGUGCAGACCAACGAAGACAACUUACGGAAGUCAUAAAAGGCUUCGAGCUGACUUCUACCGGCAGACUGGGGCGAACACACCUAAUCGAACACAGUAUAACCCUCAAAGAAGGAGCGGUACCACGAAAUCCCCCGAUGUACAAAUGUUCACCCUACGUUCAAGAUGCCAUCAACGCCGAAGUUGAACGCUUCAAAAAGCUCGAUGCCAUUGAGGAAUGCUAUUCGGAAUGGACGAAUCCGCUUGUACCGGUGAUGAAAAAGAACGGCAAGGUUAGAGUGUGCCUGGACUCCAGAAAAAUCAACAAACUGACAGUAAAGGACACUUACCCAAUGCGAAAUAUGCAGGACAUAUUUCGGCGUCUGGGAAAAGCAAAAUAUUUUUCAGUGAUAGAUUUAAAGGAUGCCUACUUUCAGAUACCACUGAAAGAAGAAAGCAGGAACUUAACAGCAUUUCGUACAGCGGAGGGGGUAUUCAGAUUUAAAGUACUGCCCUUCGGUUUGAUGAAUGCGCCAUUCACAAUGUCGCGUUUGAUGGCAAAGGCGAUUGGGUUUGACCUCGAACCACGUGUGUUUGUAUAUCUCGAUGAUAUAAUCAUCGCAACGGAGUCGUUUGAAGAACACCUGAAGCUGCUCAAAAGGGUGGCCGAAAGACUCCGCCGAGCAGGAUUAACCAUCUCACUCGACAAAUCACGAUUUUGUCGCAAGCAGGUGAUGUACUUGGGUUACCUACUGAGUGAAAACGGGUUGACGAUCGACAGUGGACGGAUUCAACCAAUUUUGGACUAUGCACGUCCCAAAACGCAGCAGGACAUUCGAAGGCUGAUGGGACUGGCCGGCUUUUACCAACGCUUUAUAAAAGAAUACAGCAGGAUCACGGCCCCCAUAACGGACCUCCUAUCAAAGGAAAACAAACGGUUUACGUGGACGAAAGAAGCCGAAAGUGGAUUCAAUGAACUGAAAUCAGUGUUGACAUCAGCACCAAUCCUUGGAAACCCAGAUUUCAGUCGUAUGUUCACUAUCGAAUCAGAUGCGUCGGACCGAGCCGUCGGGGCAGCGCUUGUGCAAGAGCAAGGCGGGGAAACGCGAGUAAUAAGCUACUUUAGCAAAAAGCUAAACCGCACACAGCGACGGUACUCAGCAGUCGAAAAGGAAUGCUUAGGUGUUCUAUCUGCAAUACACCACUUCCGUCACUAUGUUGAAGGUACGAAGUUUCGGGUGGUAACGGACGCCAGAAGCUUACUCUGGUUAUUCAAUCUCGGUACAGAGACGGGGAAUGCGAAGUUGCUAAGAUGGGCGCUCCGCAUUCAGGCCUAUGACUUCGACCUUGAGUACCGAAAGGGGAAAAGCAACAUUCUGGCAGACUGUUUGUCAAGAUCGAUAGAGGUUGACUCAAUCACGCUGCUGCAGGCCGAUCAAGCAUACGAAGACCUCGUUGAAAAGAUUCGAGCGAACCCAGCCAAACACAGCGACAAGCGAAUUGUAGAUGGAAAAGUGUUCCAAUAUGAGAAAACCAAUAGCGGGCAGAGUGACCCAAGGUUUGCUUGGAAACACUUCCCACCGACAGCAAAACGUAAGGAAAUCAUUAAUAAGGAACACGAAAAAGCCCACUUCGGGUUCGAAAAGACCUUGGCCGCCGUGAAACAACACUUCCAUUGGCCCAGAAUGAGUGAGGAAAUUCGUCGGUUUUGUCGGGAGUGUCUGAAAUGCCAGGUUAGCAAAUCAGGGAAUGUUAACGUCACCCCACCGAUGGGAGCACAGAAACCGGUAGAGUACCCAUGGCAGUUCAUAACGCUGGAUUACGUCGGCCCACUACCGGCGUCCGGCAGAAAUAGGAACACUUGCCUUCUUGUCGCAACGGACGUCUUCAGCAAAUUUGUUCUGGUCCAGCCAUUCCGGGAAGCCAAAGCAAGUUCACUGGUCGAAUUCGUGGAAAACAUGAUUUUCCGACUAUUCGGGGUACCAGAGAUCAUGCUCACGGACAAUGGAUCGCAGUUCGUCUCAAAAACUUUUACGAGUCUGCUAGAGGCUUAUCAAGUGUCCCACUGGCUAACCCCUGCAUACCACCCUCAGGUCAACAACACCGAAAGGGUGAAUCGCGUCAUUACGACGGCAAUACGGGCAACUUUAAAAAAAGGCCACAAUCAUUGGGCAGACGAUGUUCAGGAAAUCGCCAACGCAAUCCGUAACGCAGUUCAUGACUCCACAAAGUACAGCCCGUACUUUGUCGUUUUUGGUCGGAACAAGAUUUCGGACGGAAGGGAGUACGGUUACGUAAGGGACAACUAUCAGCCAAGCGCGGAUGACGACAAUUCUGUUUCCGAUAGACGGAAGAAACUGUUCGAGGAAGUGCGAACCAAUCUGACCCUGGCGUACCAAAAACACGCUAAAACAUACAACCUUCGAUCAAAUGCUAAAUGUGCUUCUUAUACAGUGGGGGAGAAGGUGCUGAAGCAAACCUUUGACCUUUCUGACAAGGGGAAAGGGUUUUGCAAAAAGCUAGCGCCCAAGUACGAACCGGCUGUCGUGCGGAAGGUACUUGGCUCCAAUACCUAUGAAUUGGAAGAUCUUGCGGGAAAAAGAUUUGGGGUCUACUUCGCUAACCGUCUGAAAAAGUUGCACUCUUCUCAUCUAAACAAUUAA